AUGAUUGUAAAAUUUCACAAAAAAACAGAGAGAAUUAAAGGAUUAUCAUUUCAUCCAAAGUAACCAUGGCUAUUAGUUGGUCUUCAUUCAGGAGAAAUUCAAAUGAUUGAUUACAGAUUUGGAAGAGUAUUUAUAGAUUUAUAAUAAUAUUAGACAAUAAAUGAAUUCUAUGAACAUGAGGGACCUGUGAGAUCAGUUUAAUUUCAUUAAUCUUUAUGUUUAUUUGUUUCAGGAUCUGAUGAUUUUACUGUAAGAGUAUGGAAUUAUAAAACAAAAAAAUGUUAAUUUGUAUUGCGUGGUCAUUUAGAUUUUGUUAGAUGUGUAAAUUUUCACUCAGAAUUACCUUGGUGUGUUUCAGGAUCUGAUGAUUAAACAUCUAGAAUAUGGAAUUAUUAAUCUAGAUAAAUGAUUGCUACUGUAACUGGACAUAGUCAUUAUGUUAUGCAUUGUGAAUUUCAUCCAUCUAAAGAUUUUAUGAUUACAUGUUCAUUAGAUUAAACAAUAAGAUUAUGGUCAAUAGCUUAAUUAAAAAAGAAAUUUACAUCAAAAAGUGUAAUCAUUUAGAUAUAAUUAGGAAGAUCUAAUUAGGAGAAUAAACUAAUGAAUUAGAAUUGGUUUAGAUUUUGGAAGGACAUAGUUAGGGUGUUAAUUGGUGUUCAUUCAAUCCAAAAGAUAAUACAAUUUUAUCUGCUUCUGAUGAUAAAAAAGUUAAAGUUUGGAAAUACUAUGACACAAGAGGAUAUGAAGUGGAUUAAUAUAAUGGACAUACAGUAAUUAAUAGAUUAAAUAAUAGAAUAAUGUAAGUUGUGUUAUGUUUCAUCCAUUUGGAGAAUAUUUUAUAUCUAAUUCAGAGGAUAAAACUCUUAGACUUUGGGAUAUGAAGAGGAAGAUGGAAGUAGAUUGUUUUACAAAUUAUGAAUUAGAUAGAUUUUGGAUAUGUGCUGUUCAUUAAAGUAAUAAUUAUUUUGCAGGUGGUAGUGAUUCUGCUUUAUAUAUAUUUACAUUAUUUAAAAAUAGACCUGCUGUUGAUUUAGUAAAUAAUAAUAUUGUAUAUUUUGGAAAUCGAAAAUUAAUAAAGAUUUUAGAUUUAUAAAAUGGAUCAGAUAAAACAAUUAAGAAUCUUUAAGAAUUAUCAUGUAUAUCUGAUAAUUUGCUUUAAGACAAUGUUGAAUAAGUUCUAUAUAAUAUUUAUGAAAAUGUUAAACCUCAAAUAAUUGUGAAAUUAAAACAUCAUUCACAUAGUAAAUCAAAAGGAUUAUCCAAAUUUCUAGUAUUUGAAUAAUUAACUAAUGUAUCUUAAUUCUUUUUAGCUAAAUCUGCUAUUUUUAUAGGGAAAUCAAAAAUAUUGAGAUCAAAAGAGAAUUCUGAAAUAGAAAUUUAUAAUUUUGAAACAGAUAAUCAUAUUCCAUUAGGACAUAAAACAGAUCGUUUAUUUACUUUUAUUGGAGGGAAAGCCAUUUAUUAUUCUGAUUAAAUGAUAAAUGUAUUAGAUCCAAUUUCAAAUAAAAUAUUAAAUCAAUUUCCUUGUACAAAUGAAUUUUAGAAUAUCAAAUAAAUAAAGAUGAAUGAUUAUUGUAUUUUAAUUCAAACUAAAAAUGGAAUAUACAUAUUUACAAAAGAGUUUCAUCCAAUAACACGUAUUUAAGAAAAAAUAAAUAUAAAAUCAGUGUUAUUUUUUAAUGAUUCAAUCAAUAUAAUAUUAUAUUCAACAAAAGUACAUGUGAAGUAUCUUUUAUUAAAUGGAGAUACUGGAAUUAUUUGUAGUAUGGAAACAGUGCCUUAUUUAGUUUCAUUUUAGAAUAUUCCAGAAAAACCUGGUUUUUAGUAUAAAUUAUAUUAUAUGGAUAAUAUGGAUAAAUUACUAAAUAUAACUAUUGAAUGUUCAGAAAUAUUUUUUAAAUAUGCUUUAAUAGAAAAAAAUCUUUAAUUUGUGUAGAAUUUUAUAAAAAAUCAUUAAAAAUUAGGAGAUUUAAUAAUAUCUUAUUUAUAUUAAAAAGGUUAUUCAAUACUUGCACAUUAAUUAGUAAAUGAUAAAAGAGCAAAAUUUUAAUUGGCUCUAUCUUCAAAUAAUUUAGAAAUAGCAUAUAGAACAUGUGAAGAUCUUAAAAAUCCAAAAUGUUAUUAGAUGUUAUUAGAAGAAGCAAUGAGAUAAGGAAAUCAUAAUAUUUAUGAAGUUUGUUAAUAAAAGUUAAGAGCAUCAGGAGAAUUGGCAUUUCUUUAUACUAUCACAGGUUAAGUAGAAAAACUUAAUAUAAUAAGUAAAAUUGCAUAGGAAUAAAACAAUCAAGAUCUAAGAUUUUAGACUUUAUUAAAUAUGGAUAAUUUGAAAUAAAGAAUUUAAUUUAUAAAAAGUUGUAAUCUAGAUAAAUUAGCUAAUCUUAGCAAAUUGGCUCAUGGAUUAGAAUUUGAAAAAAAUAAAAAUUGUUCAGAAGAUAUUGAAUGGCUUUAAUCUUUAAAACCUUAAACAUUAAUAACUCCACUUCCUAUAAUAAGAUCAAGUUAACAUACUUUAUUUUCAAUUAAUUGGCCUCAUAAUUUUGUAGAUGAAGAUGAAUUAUUCAAAUUAUCAGGAGAUAAUUUCAAAAUUGGAAAUCAAAGUAAAAUAGAUAUUAUUAAUACAAUAACUACUAAUCAUUAAGAUCUUUUUGAUAAAAAUAUAUAAACUAAACAAAAAGUAAAUAUAGAUAAAACAGAAGAAAAUGAUGAAUAAUUUCAAGAUUGUUAAUGGGAUUUAGAUGAAAAAGAACUUUUAGAAAAUAUUGAAUAAAAUUAAGCAAUUUUAGAUUAAAAAUCAUUAUUAUAUGGAUAUCCAGAUUAUAAAAAAGGUAUGAUAUUUAAUUUUAAUAUAAGCUCUAUAGCCAGUAGAAUAUUUAAUUACAGAAUAAUAUUAAUAAUGUCAUUAAGUUCUAUAAUAAAAUUAUAAUUUUGUUAGUUUAAAAGUUUGUUAAGAUUAUUUAAAAUAAUUAGCUUUGAGAUCAAUUCUCGAAGUACCUUAAAUACCUUUUUUAAUGCCUUCUCCUUUAAUUGUUUCAUCAUCAUAAGAUAAAAUCUAUAUUAAUAAAUCAUUUAGUGAAUUACUCAAAAUAGGAUAUAAAUAAACAAGUGAUGGAAAAUUCUAAGAUUCUUUAAAUACAUUCAAAUAAAUAUUAAAAUAAGCUAUAUUUUAGAAUUUAAAUAAUGAUGUAGUUCCUAUUUGUUUAAAUUAUAUUAUGGCCAUGAAAUGUGAACUUGCAAAAAAAGAUAAAGAUAUAUCUAGACAAAUAGAAUUAUCAUGUUAUAUGGCAAUGUGUGAUUUAUAGCCAGCUCAUCGUUCAUUAACUUUAAGAGCUGCUAUGAGUUUAUCUUAUAAAAAUAAGAAUUACUUAACUGGUAUAUAAGUGGCAUAAUAAUUGAUAAAAUUAUUAGAAUAAGCUCCUAAAGGGGCAACAUAUGCUAAACCUGAAGUGUUAGAUAAUGUUAGAAAAGUAAUAAAUUAUAAAAUUUAUGAAGAUAUAUAAUAAUUGCCAAUAGAAUCCUAAGAAUGAACAUUAAAUUAACUUUGAACCAUUUUACUUAAAUGAAGGAACAAAGAAUUUAUGUGCUGAUACAAUCACUUAUAACAAUGAUGUUAAAUAGAUAUACUUUUGUUCAUUCGAUAAGAGUAGACAUUCAAAAAAAGGAAUAUUAUGCCAAAUAUGUGAGUUGUGUAAUAUCAAUUGA